GCGAGCAAGGAGCAAGGCCCGGAAGGAAGCGGACAAGCAGGCAAAGCUAGUAUGUUGAGAAUGCGAAACCCUGCCUCCCGGUCAUUUGUUAUGCGAAAAAUUGAAUUGCAUGACCAAUCUGAGGCUCUGGCGGAAGCGGCCGAAAUACCGCCACAACUCUGUCAUGCAAAAUCUGCAUUUUUGCCGGCGAUUGUAUUGCUGUUCACGCCCUACCCUUGGCCCUGGGGACGAGAAAGAUGGGGAGUAGUUUAUGCGCACGGCUAUAUCCAGCCGAGAAGAAACGGAAGGACGACUACCAAAUGCAAAUAUGCCUGGGUCUGGAAGGUUGCAACUUGUCAUGCUAAACCUGAAUCAGGCAAAAAUCUGUGCUGCGUGAUUGCCAAAAGUUGUGCACUUUUGACCUAAUCGAGAGGUAGUUUCUCGUGCAGGAUAGGCAUUAGAAAGGUCUCGCAGAAUCUGUCAUGCUAUGUCCUACAUACCAGACCUCAAGGGUCAUGGAAAACGUGCAUGACAAAGCUGGCAAUCGUCCAGGCCCAGACAUUUUUGCAAUCCAUAAAGACGAGAAGGAGGCCAAGCGCCUCAAGGACGUCUUCUAUGGGCACGCCAAACCGAAAACCAUUUUGGACAUUGUCAAGAAGCAGGAAUGGCGCCGACAAUGUGCGGCCGACACGGAGCGACUAUGCAACAAGACAAAUUUAUUUCCGCACACGACGACCUACAAAAAGCAUCACAAAUUUCGCCAACCUAGAAUGUAACUAAUGUCAGUACUCAUCAUUCAAAUCAGGAUUGACAUCGAAGGCAAGUGGGUUUGUCAUGCAGAAACCCCCUUUUGUACGAGUGUGCGGCAAUCAAUUUCCUGGCGAUAGCGAAGGACGGCCGCCUACUAUGCGAAAGUUGCAGCGGAGCAACAGCAAGAAAGGCAGCAGCGGGCCGCGAGCCUCAGCCGUGCAGGACCACCCGGCAAGAAUUUAUUAAAUCGCGGCGACGCUCCUGCUGCAGCUGUGCCCGUACUGGGCGUGAGAAGAGCAGGCGGGCCAGAUCCUCGACCUCCAGCGGCGACGACGGGCAGAGAGCGGCCGGCCUGUCAAUCAGGGCUGACGGGCAGAAAACUGAUUCAUCAGCCGUCAGUGGCAACGCCGAGGGCAGCACCGGCUCCGCAACCUCCAGGGGGGACGACGCGAGGACUACUCGUAAUAUCCGGUGCUACGUCGAGAGGAGCUGCGGCCGUAGGAGGAGAAAACAGAAAAACAGCACCGGCAGGAGCGCUGGGAAAAAGGCCAGUAGUGGGAGCUGCGGUCGUGGGCAGGGAUAUCAGAGGAGAAAACGCCACCGGGCCGACAAGACCAGUGCUGGGAGCUGCAGCCGCAAGCAAAAAUGGACCACGACGCGGGCCGACAAAUCAUUCCCUAGCAGGAGCGGCGGUGAGCACCAGAGGCGCACAACAAGAAAUAAAGGAAGUAAUAAAUGCAGUAGUGACGACCCGACCACCCGUGCCGGCGACGACGGUCUCUCAAAUGCCAAACGCGACCGCUCUCCCCUCUGUGUCUCGUCAAAGAAGAACUACUACGCCAUGUUGAUGUCUGAAAAGGCGGUGAUGGUGAAGGUCGCUGCCUAUGAAAUAGUAUAACUAACCAACUGACCAAAGUACGGCCGCGUAAGUGCCAUGUUGCACAGAAGACCUGACGUUGUGCUACGUAGAGGCUGCUGCAACGUGCGAUUUAGUACUUUUGUGUUCAUCUCCAGUAAAAUACUGAAAUCUCGUCGUAUGUUUGAGAGCCGCGUUCUGAUGUGAAGACUGACGCUGUUGUUGCCGACGAUGGAAGGAAAUGAAUACAAGCUGACUGUAGAAAGAACCCACCGUAUGAAUUUGAGUACAGAUGCCUGCUACACGCUUCGACCUGAAUUUGAGUACAAAUAUCUACUGCUUGCUAGCUGCUUCGACCUCACGCGAC